AUGGCGGAGCUCCCAUCGAAGGUGCACCUCCGCUCGCACCCCAUCUGCCUGAGUAUCCGUGGGCACUCGGUGUAUGAGGACGAGGACCACCGCACAUGGCUGCAUCUCGACAUGGACACAGGAGGUGACCGGAAAGUACGGUUGCGCCAGGAAGACAACCCCAGUGGGCAUAUAUCACACACCAUCUGCCCGCUGAACUCGAGCACCAUGCCUUUGAUGUGGACACUCCAAACUGGCAGCCUGUACCGGGACUCCAUGGGCCGGUUCUGGCGCAUCGUGCACCAUGUCAAGGAGGAUGACAUGGAGGAAAUGAUCCUUGAGCUGAUGGAAGACUCGUAG